AUUUCGUCUCUUGGCAAUUCCUAUCUCCAUGAAGAUUAGUAUGCAUCGUAUCCUUUGUUGAUAUCCAACCCAUAUCUAUGAUCCAACCGCAGUUUACUCCGGCGACAUUGACUUCGUGUGUAGUCUUUGGUGUGUGUAUAUUCUAUAUUGUAGUGCUGUUUGUGGGCGAAAGUUGAUGACAAUAUAACCGCAAAAAAAAAAUAAUAAUAAUUACAAAUCAAUGUGGCGUACACUACUGUAAUAACUAGUAACUAUAAGUUUGAUGAUAGUCAAAUAUUUUGCUACUUUUUGUUUGCUGCCGUUUGGUCAUUUUAAUCGAAGGAGACAGUUACAAAGCAGGUUAUCAUCCAGAAUGGUCGGCGAGCCUAAUGUGAAAAGUUGCAAAAUGGAUCUGACAUUGGGAACCCACAAUGGUGUUUUCCACUGCGAUGAAGUGCUGGCCUGCUUCAUGUUGAAGUUACUCCCCCAGUACAAGGAUGCAACCAUUGUGAGGUCCAGAGACCAGGCAGUUCUAGACAUAUGCGACAUAGUUGUUGAUGUGGGCGGGGAGUAUAACCCGGCCCGUCAUCGCUACGACCACCACCAACGUACGUUCAACGAGUCCAUGAGCACCCUUAGACCAGGUAAACCAUGGAAGACAAAGCUGAGCAGUGCUGGCCUAGUUUACCACCAUUUUGGUUUGGAUAUAUUGAGAGCGGUACUUGACAAUCCUGAUGACAAAGAUAUGUUGGACAACAUUUAUAACCAGAUCUAUGAGUACUUCAUCCAAGAAAUUGAUGGGAUAGAUAACGGUGUUCAGAUGUUUGAUGGUGAGCCCAGGUACAGGAUAACAACGAACCUCAGCGCGAGAGUUGGCAGGCUCAAUGCUGCAUGGAAUGCCGAGAAUGAAGAUCAAGAAAAGAACUUUGAGAAGGCGUACGCCAUGGUGGGGGACGAGUUUGUGGAAAGGGUUGUCUCGGCAGCACGAGUGUGGUGGCCAGCCCGGAGCUUGGUGCUAGAGGCGAUACAGGGUCGCCACCAGGUGCAUCCGUCGGGGGAGGUGAUACAGUUUCCAGGCGGCAAGGCGUGCCCAUGGAAAGAACACUUGUUUGAGCUGGAGAAGCAGCUUAACAUAGAGCCGACGAUAAAGUUUGUCUUGUUCAAGGAUAUUAACAACAGCUGGCGGGUACAGUGUGUUCCGGUGGAGGUUGGCAGUUACAUCUGCCGGGUUGCUCUGCUGGAACAGUGGCAGGGGCUACGCGAUGAAGAGUUGUCAUCAGUGGCUGGCAUAGAUGGGUGUGUGUUCGUGCAUGCCACUGGAUUCAUCGGUGGAAACCGGACUCGUGAUGGUGUUUUCAAGAUGGCGCUCAAAUGUUUGGAAGUGAGAGACAAAGCUAAAAGUGUAAGUUCAUGAGAGUUCUAAAUAUAACCUCAUUCCUUACUUAGAGUAA